UUAAGAAAAUUUAUCAUGAAGAAUGAAUUGUUUUCGUUGUACAGACCAUACGACUUUCAUUCCACUGGAGUGUUCACAAUGUAUGCUCAUACUACAGAAAAAGUAGAGGUACAAAUAAGACAGGAGUCCUGUAGUUUCAACAAUAAGAACCCUCACUGCACUUGCGGCGUGGCUGUACGAGUGGGUGGAGAUAUUUUUGUCAUCGACAGAUGUGGGACAAAGUAUGUGAAGAAAGUAAAGUUUACGUCAUGUCGUGACGGCCAGUUGAGUACACAUAAAGAGACCAACAGCAAAUAUAUUAUGUAUACACCACUUGGUACUCGAAUCACUAGCGUAAUUCGAGGCGACACAUUCAUGACUGUCCAGAUUUUCCCGUCUCUCCGUGACGUAGGUCGGACAAAGGGCUUGUGUGGCACUUUGACAAAUGAUUGUAAAGACGACUUCUUGAAAUCUGACGGAACACACUACACAGACGGCAAUACAGCCAGGGAGUGUCACACGUUAGGUCUAACAGACUACCAAUUUCAACCAGAUGAAUUCUCCAACACAUGGGAGUAA